AUGGACGGAAACAGUUUGCCUCGGUCGUCUUCCCUGUCUCUCCUGGGAGUUAAUGCCAGCACUAAUUUCUCCUGGCACAAGCACGUCGUUGGUUUGGCAAAGAUCGCUGCACAGAGAUUGGGCUUUCUGUUCCGUGCUAAAAGAUAUUUCACUUCUGCACAGCUUCUUACUCCCUACAAAGCACAGGUCAGACCAGUUAUGGAGUAUUGUUCUCAUACUUGGAGCUCGGCCCCUAAGCAUACUUUGGCAAUUUUGGACUCCAUUCAGAGAAGAGCUGUGCGUCUUGUCGACGAUCCGGCACUGACCGGCUCUCUGCAAUCACUCAGUCAUAGAAGAAGGGUUGACGAUUUAUCUUUGUUCUAUAGAUACUUUCAUGGGCAAUGUUCCGACCAGCGUGCUGAGCUCAUUCCACCUAGAGCGAGGUUUGGUCGUUCUACUCGUCAGGCAGUAUCAGCACAUCGCUAUACAGUCCGCCUCGAAAUCCCGCGAACGUCAGUGUAA